AAGGUUAGGAGAGUUUCCUGCUGGCAGCAGCAGGUUAGAUGGGAACGUGCAACUCAAUACAAAGGCAAAGAUAAUAGCUGCCUUUUGUUGGGUACUUACAGCAAGCCAAGCCCUAUGCUGAGCCCUUUGCAUACCUGACUAAAAUAAUCCUCACAACAAGCCUGUGAGGUAAGUAUUUUUAGCUUUACAGAUGAGGAAACAGGCUAAUAAUGGAGAAAGAACACAGUUUCUAUAGAGAUGAUGUAACACCAUAAAAACUAUAGUUUCGUCAGAGGGCAGCAGGCCAUCAUGGCACACAGCAGGACAGAGAGACUAGGGAGCUAUUUGUCUCCUUUCAGCUUCCAGAGAGGGUCUUUGAGAGUUUUUAGAAAGCAUUUGUGUUUGGGGUACAGAGCCUUAGUAACGUAAUAGAAGAGAUUCCUAAAGUGAGAGAACCGCAGCCCAGGAUGUGGUGCGGGAGGAAGGGAGCGCAGGGGGCACUGGUUAGAGGGGAUGUGCUGCGGCUUGACUGUGAGGGAAAAGGGGAAGGCUGCAUUCUGGGGAGAUGUUGUGAAGGGAAGGAAGCUCACACGGAGGGCUGAGAAGUGACAUUAAAGGGGGAAAAAAAAAAGAAGUACUACUCAGGCCCUGUGCGGAAAAGAGGCAGACACAGUAUAUAGACCCGGGAGACGGCUCUGCAUGUACUCACACACUUUAUGUCAGGUACUUCAUCCUCCAUGAGACUGUUCUAGGUAAGGAGUAAAUCUUUGUUUUAGGAAUUGAAACUGAGAUUCAGAGAAACACAGUAACCUGCCCCUGGUUUCACAGCCAGUAAGUGGCAGCCCUCCUGAUAGCAAGUCCAAGGUUCUUUCCACACUACCUCCCUCUUCAGAUCAGGCGCCAGAAGGAAUCUUUGGAUGAAAAUAUACCAAGUUAUACCAGUAACUGGGAGGGAUUGAUUGUGUUUGUUUUAUGGGAACAGGUUCUGUCAGCUUCUCUACAGUUGUUAAGGUUAGAGUGUGAGACCAGAAAAGCGGCUUUGAAAGAGAAGCAGAAUUCUUUCAGUUUUGCCCAGGAAGAAGUCUGAAGGAGAGAGGCCCAGGAAUUUUCCUGGAGGAGAGGAGUUUGCAGACAAAGGACAGAGGGAGAGAGACUAGAUUCCCAAAGGGCUCCUAAGGUAACACUGGAAGCUUUGGUUAUCCAGCAGCCUGUUGGUGACUCUAGGUGAAGAGAUUGUUUUCUGAAGGCUGCGUUGGAGGCUGUGACAGAGCAGAGAGCCCGUGUGGAGCUGAUGGGGAGGCUUUCUGAAUAACAUGGCCCUUCGCCAUUAGUCUUGCCAUGACCACAUUUUUCACCAGCGUCCCCCCCUGGAUUCAAGAUGCAAAGCAGGAGGAGGAAGUGGGCUGGAAACUAGUUCCCAGGCCUCGGGGCCGGGAGGCGGAGAGUCAAGUGAAGUGCCAAUGUGAAAUCUCGGGGACGCCCUUCUCAAAUGGGGAGAAGCUGAGGCCUCACAGCCUCCCCCAUCCAGAGCAGAGACCGUAUAGCUGCCCUCAGCUACACUGUGGCAAGGCUUUUGCCUCCAAGUACAAGCUAUAUAGGCACAUGGCCACCCACUCAGCCCAGAAACCCCACCAGUGUAUGUACUGUGAUAAGAUGUUUCAUCGCAAGGACCAUCUGCGGAAUCACCUGCAGACCCAUGACCCCAACAAAGAGGCCCUUCACUGUUCUGAGUGCGGUAAGAAUUACAAUACGAAGCUAGGCUACCGGCGCCACCUGGCUAUGCAUGCCGCCAGCAGCGGUGACCUCAGCUGUAAGGUGUGCCUGCAGACCUUUGAGAGUACCCAGGCCCUACUAGAGCACCUGAAGGCCCACUCACGCCGAGUAGCAGGCGGUGCCAAGGAGAAGAAGCACCCCUGUGACCACUGUGACCGGCGGUUCUAUACUCGAAAGGAUGUGCGGCGGCACCUGGUGGUGCACACAGGCCGGAAGGACUUCCUAUGCCAGUACUGUGCCCAGCGGUUUGGCCGCAAGGACCACCUGACACGUCACGUCAAGAAGAGCCACUCGCAGGAGCUACUCAAAAUCAAGACAGAGCCAGUGGACAUGUUAGGCCUACUCAGCUGCAGCUCCACAGUUAGUGUGAAGGAAGAGCUGAGCCCUGUACUGUGCAUGGCCUCUCGGGACGUGAUGGGGGCCAAGGCCUUCCCUGGCAUGUUGCCCAUGGGCAUGUAUGGUGCCCACAUCCCUACCAUGCCCAGCACAGGCAUGCCACACUCCCUGGUGCACAACACGUUGCCCAUGGGUAUGAGCUACCCUCUGGAAUCCUCACCAAUCUCUUCCCCAGCUCAGCUUCCUCCAAAAUACCAGCUUGGAUCUACCUCAUACUUGCCUGACAAAUUGCCCAAAGUGGAGGUGGAUAGUUUUUUGGCGGAGCUUCCUGGAAGCCUGUCUCUCUCGUCCGCUGAACCCCAGCCCGCCUCACCUCAGCCGGCGGCAGCUGCGGCCCUCCUAGAUGAAGCACUGCUCACCAAGAGCCCCGCCAACCUCUCUGAGGCCCUCUGCGCUGCUAAUGUGGACUUCUCCCACUUACUGGGCUUUCUUCCACUCAAUCUACCCCCAUGUAACCCGCCUGGGGCCACAGGAGGCCUGGUCAUGGGCUACUCCCAGGCCGAGGCACAGCCCUUGCUCACCACUUUGCAAGCUCAGCCUCAAGACUCCCCAGGAGCUGGGGGACCACUGAACUUUGGACCUCUGCACUCCUUGCCUCCUGUCUUCACCUCUGGCCUGAGCACCACCACCCUGCCUCGUUUCCACCAGGCAUUCCAGUAGCCCCAAGGAGGCCCUCAGUCCAGUCUUAGGCUCUGUCAGGGAGCCUCUGUACCCACCCUAUCUGCAUCCCUCAUGAAGGCAGCUGAGCUUUCAGAGCUGGGUUCAAAAAGAAAAAAUUCCAGUAUCUGUAUGGAGCACUUGGUUUGGGGGUUCAGGCUCCAGGAUCAGUUCCAGGAGGAACCUUGAGCCCCAGCCCCCAUGAAAAGAUCUCAUACCAUAGAACUUCAGGUAUUUUUACUUUUACUUUUUUGAUCUGAAUCGGGAGCCACACUUAGCCCUCUCCCCCUCCAAAGUGUCAGAACCUCCUUCUCUUCAGAGAAGGAAGCGACUCUUGGAGACAUAGAGGGUGUCACUUUGGAUGACCUCGAGAGAAAUAGCCCAAGAAGCCCGCCUUCUGGUCCCAACCUGCAGACCCCACAGCAGUUGGUCAGGCCCUGCUGCAGAGAGAGGGUCACUUGGCUCCAUCGCCUGCUUCCAGCCAGUGGGCAGGAGAGAGGGCCUCUUCUUCCCACCACCCCAUCCCUCCUGUACCAACACCUCCAUUUCCAGUCAGUGUUGUCCAGCAACGGUACCGUUUACACAGUCGUCUCAGACACACCAUUCACCUCCCUUGCCAAACUGUUAGCCUUAGAAUGAUUGCAGUGAACAUUGUUUACACGUCGUGAAUCCAUUCCCACCAGUCCAUUCCAGUUGGCACCAGCCGGAACCAUUUGGUACCUGGUGUUAACUGGAGCCCUGUUUACAAGGCGGAGUCGGGUCUCGCUGACUUCUCUUCACUUGAGGUCACAUUUUUCCCCUGUGGGGAAAUAAACUGACUUUGGACUGCUUCAGUCUCUGCCAUCUUCCAUGACUGUGUCUGUUCCUGCCUUCCUCGGCAGUGUCCACAAGACAGGCAAGAAGACUGGAGCCGUUUUCUCACAGGUCUGCAAUUUUGUUUUUCUCCAAGUACAUCAUGACCCCUCCCCCUCCUCUUGAACUGGAGAGGGGAAGAAAUGAAAGGCAUGCCCGUUUCUAUCACCCCCAUUCCCCAAUCCCUACCCCAAACAUCAUGAACUGUUGUCAGUCUUGGAAGGAGGAACUCGGGUCCUAAGCUGGUGUGGAUAGCAAAGAAGAGGGUGUGAAACCCUGAUUUGUCUCUCUCCUACUUGUUCCUUUUCCAGGAAGUUGUGGAAUUGUUGGAAGAAGAGUUUUCAGGAAGUUAGGGCUGGGCAGAUAGUUGAGUCCUAACCUAUGGGUACGUCAUUGGCUCCCAUACAUACCUUUUCUCUUAUCCGCAGUAUCCCUGUCUCUCCACUUUGCAGUUACUGUGGACUCUAGGCCACUGUGCAUAGGCCUCUCUGCUCUCCAUCAAAGAAAUUCCACCUUCCUCUUGUGCCCCCUCCCCCAACUUGCCCCCAAUACUUAGGGCUUCUUGCAACAGAUGAUUCAUUUUCUUCUGGCUUGUGGUGCUUCUUGCCACAGACAGCACAGCCCUUGCCCUGCUGAACCCCAUCUCUGCUUCAUUCCUCAGUUCUGCAUGGGCUUUGCUCUUCCCAUUCACAAAGGGAGGCCGCUCAGGGACCACCAAUGUGGGACCCUCCUGAGACACCUCCACUCUGAUUCAGAAACACACUUCUACCUCUUUACUGUUAACUCCUGCAAACGCAGCCAGUAGUUUGGGGGCACUUUUAGCAGUGCCUCAUGCUGGCUUCUCCACUAGGGUUUCAGGACAAACUACCAAGGAACUGCCUCAGCCUCCUCCCAGUCCGCCUACUCCCCCUUCUAGAAAUCACUUUGCUUUAUCAUCCGGAACUGAGCAGUUCCAAGAUCCAGGCUUCUACUUCAGCCCAGCCAGUACUCUUUGAGGUGAAAGCCUUAAAAUGUAGCUCCCUGGCCCUUGAUUGGAAGCAAUGUGGCAUGAACAAGCAUGUUUUGAUUUAGGCAGGGUAGCUUGGGAUACCUUUAAAAAGAAACAAAACAAACCAGAUAUAAAUAUGUCUGGCAAGGUUAGAUUCAGACUAGGUGAUUUGCUUCUAAAAAUUAGUUUCAGUGAGUCCCAGGGACUAACUAAGGUUUAUUUUUAAAAGCGUCCGCCUUGGUACGCAGCCACCUCCUGCAUGCUGUGCAUGUUACUGGGACUCGUAUUACAGGAAAUGGUACGUGAGGGUCCAAGCAGGACUCCAUGCUGCCAUCCUCCUUAUUGCCUCUGGUCCGCAUCACUAGACCCAGCAGCUCUUCACCUGCUCCCUGCCACCUUCCCUGCACCUGUCGUUUAUAGAGGCAAGUGGGUCUCUGGCCACAGAGUACAAAGUCUCAGGCUUAGAGGAGUCCACUCUUCCCUGCCUCCCCUUUCCUGUCCGCCCUUGAAUUCUCUCACCCAUUAGUGAUGCUGGGAAACUCCUAGAACAGGCAGAGCAACUAUUUAAAGGCUUAUAACUGGGGCCUUGCCCCCCCCCCUUUCCACCCCUCCUUCCCUCUUCCUUCAGUGCCCUCACCACACACAAGGAAUUUUCCUAUCACUGUGAACUUUGCUGGUACAGAGGAACAUCUGCCUUCACCUGUUUUUGGACCAUAGCCACCCAUCCGCUUCUUAAACUUCCCUUCCCCAAAUUAAAAAGAAAAAAAAAAGAAAAGAAAAAAGCCUUAUUGGCCUGGUUGUUCAAAGGAGAAGAACAGCUUUAUCCUACACUCAGUACCAAACCCACUUCAGUACCUUUACUGAGGCCAUGAGAGCCUGAGGGGUGUCUGCCCAGGACAGGAGCCAUGGCAUGUGGCGGAGACCAAACAGGGACCAGGAAAAAGGGGUGAUGUUCCCUUUCCCCACCACCUCCUCCAACCUCUGUCAAUGAUGAACCACCCUGAAGGGGGUGGGGGGAGGCAGGCACCUCCCAUCCUGCACAUAGCUGGUCAAGGCGGAGUGCAGUCCUGGGGGCUAGAGGAUGACCUAACCCAGCUGUGUCAGCUCAAAGGAUCUGUGCACAUUUUAAAAGAGGGGAGAGGUGGGAAAAGGAGCACCAAUGAGUUCCCCCCCCCAACCUUUUACAAAUGGCAUUUAAUGGAAAUCCGGGAAGCAGGUGUGAUUACUUUUUUGCUCGUAGAUAUUGUCCUAAGUUGAAAUUCUUCCACUACCCUAAGCCUCCUCUAGUAGUCUGAAUCCCUUUCCCCCUUUCUUUUUGGUAGCUGUUUUCCCCAUUCCCUCUACUUCCCCCUCUUAUCUAGGAGCUGUUGUUAAGCACGAUUUUUUUUAACAGUUUAUAUUGUACAGGAUCAAUAUUUUGCUUUUUAACAAGGAUAUUUAUGUAAUAAGAAACUUUGCCUUAGGCAGGUGUUGGCCAGAAAAGUCCAGAUUCCUCUGGGACCCCACCCUGGCCUCUCCUGGAGCUCUGAACCUGCUGUGGAAGGAAUUGGCUAUGACCUUCACCACUGGAGAGUAAGGUCUAAGGCAAGGGAAGGGGUGUUCUGGUUCUAACAGGAGGAGGAUUCACCAUGAUAAUCUAGUGCCUUUGUGGAGGGGUUUGGAAGAAGCAUUCCAGCCCAAUUUCUUUAGAUGCAAGCUUACUUAUGUGGCUGCCUCCACUGAAUAUUCGGCACCAGAACUCCUGAAACACCACUUCUCAUUUGCCUCCCUCCCUCCCAGUGAUCAAGGCUUUGGGGCCACUCUUUCGUAACGCCAGAUUAUUUAAAGAGAGAAAAAUACAAGACAAAAACCUUCUAGCACUUUGUAAACACAGUGAAUAACCUCUUGGAGUAUUUUUGGCUUUAUAUAAAACAAGGUUUUUAAUUGUAAAAUAUAAGUGCCAUUAGAAAAUGCACAGGGCGUAUCUUUGUUAAAGUAGAUUUUUCAAUGUUUUACAGAAUUACAUUUUCAAAAAAAGUUUUUAUAAUGAAGUUGUUUAUUAAAAACUUCUGAAUGAUG